UCGUUCAUCGCAAUAAAUUAGCUCAAACAAUUAUGCAAUAAUUUGAUGUUAAUUAAACAUCCAUACAUAGUGUGGUCAUUUGAGCCAGCUGAGUUUUGUACUGAAAAAGGUCGAAAUUAGAUCCACAAGUCAUUACACACAAUGUUACAAUCUCACAAUUUCCAUAGCAUAUACCCGUAUCUGCUUUUAUGCCACAGUGUGUUGGACAUCAUUAACAAUUCAAGAGAAAAUAGAAAUAAAAAACAUUAACAAAAGGUUCAUCUUAACAUGGCUGGGACAACAGUGAUGUGUCCUGUGAUUUGCUGAUUUAUUCAUAAUAUAAAAUUAUUUUAAAUCAUCAACAUCAGAAUAAUAUAAAAAUACUUUUUGGCCCACUUCUGUAUGGCUGAAAAUGACUGUGACAGCACUCACACAAACACCAAUUAAAGGCCACGACACGUCACGUGAACCAAAGAGCUAGAUCUGGUCUCUACAAAUACUCGUGCCAGUCCAAUACAUGCUCUGAACACAUCAAGGACGUCUCUUCAACUCUAUUCUGUGGGUAAAGCAGGAUAAAGCCCCAUUGCUAUCAUAUCAUAUUUUUCUAAUAUUAGUUUUCAACAUAACAGUGAAGCUCUGGGUUCAAUGAUUCUUCAUGACGUCAACAUCACAGGUGAUUGCCUGCAGUCCAUCAACUCUACUUGCUUAAAGAUAUACUCUUCUACAGCAGCUUAUGUGUCACUCUAUGUGUUUGCUGCAGCUGUGGUGAUAUUCACUGUGUGUGGGAAUCUUCUGGUAAUAAUCGCUGUGUAUCAUUUCAAGCAACUUCAUACUCCAACAAAUAUUCUUAUUAUCUCUCUGGCUAUUUCUGACUGUCUUGUGGGUGUAUUUGUAAUGCCAGUACAUUUCAUGUUUUUGAUUGAAUCGUGUUCACUGUUUGGGUCAACCUUCUGUUCCUUGUACAAUAUGAUCUAUUUCCAGUUAACCUUUGUCUCUGUAUAUAAUAUUACUUUCAUCGCUGUAGACCGAUACUUUGCCUUAAGUAACCCUUUCCUCUACUCCAAGAAGGUUUCACUCUUACUAGUAUUCAUUAUCACAACACAUGUCUGGUUUGUGUCACUGUUUUACAACUGUGCACUUCUUUACUUUAAUGGGAACUUCAGGAACAAAUGUGCAGAUAAAUGUUUUCCCUCUUUUCAUGAAGUGUGGUCUACCAUUGAUCUUGUGGUUGUUUUUAUUUUACCAUGUGCCACUAUCAUCGUUCUGUACCUAAAAGUCUUCUUCAUUGCAAGAAGGCAUGCAGUCCUAAUCAGAGCAGCAUUCAAGGACAGAAAGCAUUUGGAUGUCCAGAACAAUGGAGGGUCAAUGAGAUUGGAGAGGAAAGCUGCUAAAGUUAUUGGAAUUCUUGUAUCAGUCUUUCUGGUAUGUUUAAUACCAGAUUAUAUUUCUAUGUUUCUUUCUGAUGUAUUACUUGUAGUGAAUACCACGUUGACACUAUUUUUCCUCAACUCCACUAUGAACCCCAUCAUUUAUGCUCUGUUCUAUCCUUGGUUUCAAAAAAGUAUGAAAUUAAUUAUCACACUGAGAAUAUGCAGGACUGACUCCUCAUUGAUAAAUGUGCUCUCAAAUGACUCUUGAGUUGUGUCUUGUGUGUGACAUUUGCAGAUUUAUCUUUUGUUUCCAUACCCUCUCCAUUAUUUAUUUCAUUGCUGUUGACUUGUUUAUUUUCAAAUGAGAUUCAAAUGUACCACACUUUGUACAAUGUAUUGAAUACGGAUACUGUCAUUUAUAAACUUGCUUUUAUACAAUA